GCGGGGCGAUCCGGGCCAGCUCGACCAAUCCAGGAGCCCCGCUCCUGGUCCGAUCCUCUCUGCGCGUCGCCAUUGGGCAGCGCCGGGGUCUCGGCCCACCGAGCCCUGGGGAGGCCGAGCCAAUCGGGCGGCGGAUCGGGGCCCGGGCCGGCUUCGGGCUGGGAGUGUCGGCGGGCCUGGGCGGGACGAGAAGAGGGCGCGAGCGGCGCGUUUGGGGCUCACUCCUCCCCGAUCUGCGCGCCGCACCGCGCCGCCUCCGCCACCGUCUCCGGGGGACAUUCCUGUUACCUCCGCUGAGCACGUCCCCGGGAACCUGCGCCUGCUCGGGACGGAAAGCGGGAAGAGCCCGGGAGCCCGCAGUCUAUGUGCGCUCCCUGCGCGCGCGGAAAAAACGUCCCCGGGAGUCCGCUGCGCGCGCGGAGAGAACGUUCCCGGAGUCCCGCUGCCAGGGUGCGCCCCCCCAGGGCGCGCGGAGAGAAGCCCCCGGGAACCCGCGGCACGCGCGGAAAAAAAACGCCCCCGGAUCCCUGCAGCCAGCGGGAGCACCCCUGCGCGCGCGGAGAGAACGCCCCGGGAGUCUGCAGCGCGCGCUCCCUGCGCCGGACGGGACGGGCCCGGGGCUAGCCCCCGCCGUGCCGCGAUGGAGCCGGCCGUGUCCCUGGCGGUGUGCGCGCUGCUCUUCCUGCUCUGGAUCCGGGUGAAGGGGCUGGAAUUCGUCAUCAUCCACCAGCGCUGGGUGUUCGUGUGCCUCUUUCUCCUGCCGCUGUCCUUCAUCUUCGACAUUUACUACUACCUGCGCGCCUGGGUGGUGUUCAGGCUGAACAGCGCGCCGCGCCAGCACCGACAGCGGGUUCAGCACAUUCAGAAGCAGGUGCGAGAAUGGAAGGAGGAAGGGAGCAAGACCUUCAUGUGCACGGGCCGGCCCGGCUGGCUCACGGUGUCGCUGCGUGUUGGCAAGUACAAGAAAACCCACAAAAACAUCAUGAUCAACCUGAUGGACAUCCUGGAGGUGGACACCAAGCGGCAGAUCGUCUCUGUGGAGCCUCUGGUCACCAUGGGGCAGGUGACAGCUCUGCUGAAUUCGGUCGGUUGGACUCUGCCGGUGCUCCCGGAGUUGGACGACCUCACAGUAGGGGGCCUGAUCAUGGGCACGGGCAUCGAGUCCUCGUCCCAUAGGUUCGGCUUGUUCCAACACAUCUGCACGGCCUACGAGCUGGUCCUGUCGGACGGGAGCUUCGUGCGGUGUACGCCGACGGAGAACUCGGACCUGUUCUAUGCCGUGCCCUGGUCCUGCGGCACCCUGGGCUUCCUGGUCGCGGCGGAGAUCAGGAUCAUCCCCGCCAAGAAGUACGUGAAGCUGCACCUGGAGCCCGUGCGCGGCCUCCCGGAGAUCUGCGCCAAGUUCACCGAGGAGUCCCAGCGGAAGGAGAACCAUUUCGUGGAGGGCCUGCUGUACUCCCUGGAGGAGGCGGUCAUCAUGACGGGAGUCAUGACGGACGACGUGGAGCCCAGCAAGCUGAACCGAAUCGGAGACUACUACAAGCCCUGGUUCUUCAAGCACGUGGAGGAGUACCUGAAGAAGGACCAGAAGGGCCUGGAGUACAUCCCCCUGCGGCACUACUACCACCGCCACACGCGCAGCAUCUUCUGGGAACUCCAGGACAUCAUUCCCUUCGGCAACAAUCCCAUCUUCCGCUACCUCUUUGGCUGGCUGGUGCCUCCCAAGAUCUCCCUGCUGAAACUGACUCAAGGCGAGACCCUGCGCAAACUGUACGAGCAGCACCAUGUGGUGCAAGACAUGCUGGUCCCCAUGAAGGUGCUGGAGAGGGCCAUCCAGACCUUCCACAACGACCUCCACGUCUAUCCCAUCUGGCUGUGCCCCUUCAUCUUGCCCAGCCAGCCGGGCAUGGUGCACCCCAAGGGGGACGAAUCGGAGCUGUACGUGGACAUUGGGGCCUAUGGCGAGCCGCAGGUGAAACACUUCGAAGCCAGGUCUUGCAUGAGGCAGAUGGAGAAGUUUGUCCGAAGCGUGCACGGGUUCCAGAUGCUGUAUGCCGACUGCUACAUGAACCGGGAGGAGUUCUGGGAGAUGUUCGAUGGGUCGCUGUACCACAGGCUGCGCAAGGAGCUGAACUGCCAGGAGGCCUUCCCAGAGGUGUUCGACAAGAUCUGCAAGGCGGCCCGCCACUGAGCCCGCCCUCCCGCCCGCGCCCCGGACCCCCCUGGGGCCCGGCCUUGGCCGCUCACCUGCCCGUCUUUCAGUAGCCUUCUCUUGUAAUGGAAAGGGCCCGCCCUUUCCUCCGCGCCCUUGUCAGCGAUCCCCAAAAGUCCCCAAACCCCGAGUCGGAUGAAAGCACUUUGGAUUGCUCUGACCAUUGCUUACAAGGCUCAGGAAGGUGCCUUCAGAGCCACCCUGCAUGCGCCUUGGGGCGAGGGGCAUUCCCAGGGACGCUGAAGCGCUCCUUCGGCGGGCAGGUCGGCCAGAGUCCGCCCCCUCGGCCGGCUUCUUCCCGCCGUGUCUCCAAGCGCUUUCUCACGCGAGCAGCAGCAAAAGGAUGACCCCGUCGCCUUCCCUCCAGCAGAUGCUUCCACAGAGCCCCGGAGGGUGGAGCGGGCCUUCAGUGCCUUGCGUGUAGUGGGCACUUAAUGCCAGGGCAAUCUCCGUGCCUCUGGCUGAAGGGACUCGGCCCUGGAGCCAUUUCCCCCAGUGAGUGGGGACCUCCAGAGGUUGCCAGAGCACAGGGGAAUGUGGCAGUAUUGGCCCCUUUAUCCUUUGUGAAGCCUGCUGGGACCUGCUAUCACUCUGCCGGGACCUGCUCUCACCCUGCCAGGACCUGCUGUCACCCUGCUGGGGCCUCCUGGGGCCUGCCUUCACCCUACUGGGGCCUGCUAUCAUCCGCCGGGGCCGGACUGGCCUUGCCCAUGGAGUCUAGCCCGGGUGACUGGGCGCUGCCCGGAGCAGCCCCUCAACCCCCGCAUGAAACCAACCAACCAACCAACAGUAUUCUCUCACGGCUUCUCCACCCUGGUUGUCCCUCCUUCCGCCUCCUCUUAAAAGUGGCUGAUCACAGUUCAUUUCAGUGCCUUACAGAAAUCCUAAACCCGGCUACAGCCGGGAAGAGUUCCUGUCUCCCCUUCCCCGGGAGCGGAGCGCUCCCAAGAGAUACCCACCCUUCGCCCUCACCGGUGGCACUCCAUCCUUAUUUAUGCAAAGCUUGUUUUAGGGACUCCCUGGCACAAGUAGAAUCCAGACUGGACGAGGUUGAACUGGACCCAAGACCGGCUGGAGGGGCGGAGCACAGGGCCUCAGGGCCACACGACCCCCGAGUGUGAGAACCAUCUCAAUGUGUUAUGGGAGGCGCGCUCGGCCGGGGCUACUCGGCUUGGCUGAGUCACCAUGGCCCAGAGGGCCCAGAAACGCUGCCCGCCUCCGCGGUCGUGGCCCCGGGGUCUGGUCUCCAAGCAUUCUCCCAUGUGUCUUAACCACACGGUCUAUGCAUUGCUUAGGACGCUGUUGGCGCUCUGGUAGGAAAGGGAUGACCCUGGCCCCGAAGGACCUCGGCCUGUUCUCUGGGGAAGCCAAUGAUUCUGCCGUCGCAGAGGAGGGCUUCUCAGCAGGGGCGGCACCCGCCCGGCGCCCGGGCCUUGGCCCGUCUCCUUCCGCAACCUGGGGCACGGAUGGGAAGAGGCGCCUGGGACUCCGCCAAGUGACCGGAAGCCUCCACGAGCCCUCAGAUUUGGAGAGUCCACGUGGCCUCUAGAAUUGGAAAGCAGUUUGUCUUAGAAUUUGCCUCAGGAUCCUGCUUCAUCUCAGUGUAACUCCCUGGAGACUGACACAUAAACUUAGAGCAACUUCUGUAGUCGGAGCCAGUCACACUUGGUGUCCAGUGUUCUGCAGUUGUGUUUCCUUCUAGCUUUGACAUCAUCUGGUCUAACUCCCCUCCCAGCCCUGACACCCCCUGUUCUAAGCUCCCUCCCAGCUCCAAAAUCCCUUGUUCUAAGCUCUCUCCUAGCUCCAACAUCCCCUGUUCUAAGCUCUCUCCCAGCUCCAACACCUUCUGUUCUAAGCUCUCUCCCAGCUCCCACACCUCCUGUUCUAAGCUCUCUCCCAGCUCCAACAUCCCCUGUUCUAAGCUCCCUCCUAGCUCUGACGUCCCCUGUUCCAAGCCCCCUCCCACCUCUGCCCUUCCCUGUUCUAAGGCCUCUUUCGGCUUUUUCACGCAUUCUGGGCGCUAAGGCAGAUGUGUAGUAACUUGAGCCCAGUUGCCGCAAGACUCCUGAGCGGGGCCCAAACCAGAUUAAAAUGUAAUUGAGAAAUAUCCAGCCAAGGAAGGAAAAGUCCAGCACAGCUAAGGUUAGUUUGUGGUUUUCUAAGUCCUCAGUGCAGCUUGCCAGGUCUGAAGGCCCGGCCCCGUUCUCCCUCCCAGCCCUGAUGUCCUUGUCCCAGUUCAGCCCGUCCUGAGACUCUGUGCUCGCUCUCCCUCUUGGCUCAUUUUCUGGCCUAACGUAAGCUUCUAAGUUCCCUUUCUCCUUGACGUUGUGUUCUGUGCCCUGUUCUCUGGGAAGGAAACACUGCGGCGUGUCCUUCUGCCAUGAAGCCUUCUGCCCUGACCGACUGGAGUCCAGCCCGGGGCACAAUGGGAAGUCAGGGCAGCCACUUGUAGGUCCCUAGUGACCAGCAGAAGUUGUGUUUGGGGUUGAGGUGGGGGUUGUGGAGGGGAGUUGGGGGAGCUUGUGGGGAGCCUUUGGGCCCUGAAUCCUGGGGACUCCUGUCUCUCUGAUGUGUUUGUGUGGCUGUUGUCAAAAUAAAGUAUCCCGGGAACCACUGA